AAUUAACUCACCAGAAUAAUUCCCUGCUCUCCAAGCAUCUGCCGAGUGCCGAGUCCUAAUAUUUUCCUCUUCCUUCCUUAUUUGCCCCGAGUCCCCCCACAAAAUCCCAACUUUAAUCCAAACGCAACCUUCCCAUCUUUCCUAGAAAAUUCUCCAAUUUUCCCGAGAAAAUCAAAUCUCACAUGGCAGAACCAAACCUCAAUUCCUUCUCUGAUUUUCCUGAAGACGUCCAAUUCUGCAUCCUCUCGUUCCUAAGCCCAACAGAAAUCGCCAAUUUCGCCUCCACUUCAAAACGGUACGCCCCUCUCUGUCAAAGCGACAGCAAACUCUGGCACUCACUUUGCGACAGGAGGUGGGGCUCAAAGACCCAAAUCAAUAAAUGGGGUAACGGUCAAAUCUCCUAUAAAUUGCUCUACAAAACGCUUAACAAAUGGGAAAAUCUGAUCGGUUUCUGGCGUCGUUGCGGUCAAAGUCAACAGAAAGAAACGGUGAAGCCGCCGUCGUUAGUUUUCUUCGAGUGGGGCUCUUCGUUUCUCUCCGGUUGGAGAGUCUCUCCGUCUCAAAACGCCUAUAGCGUCAUAAAGUCUCCAUUCUUGUGGAUAAGUAUUUCGCCCGAGGGUGAAAUUGUGAAUUAUUUGGAUCCAGAGGGGCAAAACAAGAAUAAAUUAUUUGGUGAAUUGGGGUAUUUAGAUAUGGAUGUAGUUCCCGUUAACGUGAAUUUUAUCGGGGACUCACAUUUUAGCGUGGAGGAGAAUGUGAAUUUUGCUUACAGAAGGAGUUUGAGUUCCGGGAAUUUGAAAGGAGAGGAUAACGGAGAAGAUAUUGUUAGUGUUGAAAGUGGAUCAACAGGGAGUUUACCGGAAACAUUUGAGAUUUAUCAGUAUUAUGCAAACAGGAUGAGUCCAGGCGCGGAUAGAGCGAUAAGGAGGCAGAGGAGGCGAGAAAAGGAGAAGCAGGGGAAGAAGAGGUGGGAGACUGAGCAUUUUUUGAAGAUUGUUGAUUCAUCACCCACGCUUGAUCGGCCUUUGCAGGGUCUGUGGAAGGGAAUCUGUGAGGACAUGAAGUUGGAAUUUUAUCUUGUGGCAUAUGAUGAAUUUGGCAUCUCCUGCCGAAGAGUUGGCGACUUGUCUGAGCGUCGCUCUAGUUCUACACCAGUGUUUUGGACGUCAGAUCCUACUUUUGUAGAGUCCCCUUUUCCAACUGAGGAAGAAUAUAUAUAUGAUUCUCGGAUUCAUAUUCAGCCACCUGAAGCUGCAAACUUGGAUUGGAAAUUCCCUUUAGAAAAUGAUGUGGUCUCUCGCAUUAUGUAUAUUAACUCAAGUUAUGAUUUAGUAAUCCUGGGAGUGGAAGGAGCUUCUGUGAAUCCUUGGCGAGUUGAAGGAAGAGUUUGGCAGUACAGGAAUGGGACGUUUGGAUAUGGCUUUCUUCGGGACCAUUUUAUUGUGGACCUGAAGCACAUUGCCAAAAAUGGUUGUCUUCUUGAUAUCCCCGUAGACUUGUAGUGAUUGAUAUCCUUGUACAGAUCUUCUGCUCACGAGUAGAUUUAUAGCCAUAUGCCAUAAUGCUCAUUGGACCUGUACUCUGUUGUGGAAAAUUAAUUUAUUGUAAUGACCACAUUUAUUCA